UCUGGCCUCUCCCCUCUAAACAGACAGACGCUCUCUCUACCCACACAGCCGACUGAAAAAUGUCUCUUACGCGAAAUCCGAGCAAGUCUUGCUUCCCGGAACCAGUUAUGGUGGAGAUCCUCUCAAGACUCCCCGUCAAAUCCCUUCUCCGGUUCAGGUGCGUAUGUACCCACUGGCGUACCUUAAUCUCGUCCCCUUUCUUCGUCUCUUUGAACCUCAGCUGCUCCAUUUCCAACCACACAAGGCACUCCAUUCUUGUUCACGACACUUGCAAAUACCCACCCUUGUCCUUCGUCCCUUUCACGUUUUCCCCAAUCCAAAACCUCGAUUCUAUGCUGUAUAAGAACUAUUGUUUCGACCAGGAAGUGAUGUAUGCGGGCUCAAUCAAUGGAUUGCUCUGUUUAAUCGGGAGUACACCUGAUAUCAUCUCAAUAUGGAACCCUUCCACCAGACUAUUCAAGACAAUCCCACCUGGUAAGUAUAGAGGUCCAAGUAGUGUUUCAUGUGGGUUUGGUUGGGAUCCAGUUGCUAAUGAUUACAAGGUAGUAAGGAUUGGUUCUAAGUGCGAGGACGGGAAAUCAUGGGCUGAGGUGUGGUCGGCCAACUUAGAAUCCUGGAGGGAGAUUAAUGUUGAUGGCAAUUUUAUCCCUCUACGCCGUGUUAGUGAUGUGACACUGAAGGGUUUUGCCCAUUGGAUUGUCAGGGAUGGGAAUAACAUGAAGCCUCUAGUAGCUUCAUUUGACAUGAGUACUGAGAUACUGCAGCUGGUUCCUCUGCCUGAACUUUUACUACAGAUGGUCCCCAUCACGGCAAUAUUAGUUGGGGAGCGGGGUGCUUUUUGUAUGAAUUGGAAGGAAACUUUUGCUUUGGCAGGACUUGUUAUGCCAGAGCCGAAGAAAAUAUAUCAAGUAUGGACGAUGGAAAAUGAUAGUGUCAGAAAGGAACUUUGGAGUAAGAAAUUUACCUUUGAACUGGAUGUUGAGUUUUAUCGUUUAUUGUGCAGUGUAAAUGGAAAAUUUGUACUCGUGAGGAGAGGAGAAGUGAUCUUAUAUGACGUUGAAACCAGAGAAACCAAGACAAUUGGAAUUCUGAAAUUUAAUUGGUUGGUGCUUCAGGCUGACUACUAUGUGGAGAGCCUAGUGUCUGUCAAGGGGUUUACUCCCAUUGGAGAAGAUGCAAAGAAGAUGGAAUUACAAGAACUAAAUUAAGCGUAACUUUGGUCUUAAGUAAGCAGAUGAUUUUUAUUGUUCUAUAUAUUUGGCAUUAAUUAUAAAUGCCUUUGGCAUUUGGGGUUUAUGUUGAGCGGUUUUAUAUAUGCCUUUUUUCAUGUCCAUCCUUAGCUUAGAGCUUGUAGAUGUUUGUAUCCAUUUUUGCACUGUGGCUUGUUUUCCAUCGAUCAAAGACAUGUUUUGAGUUUCUAUAGAAUAUCGCUUGUACAUAGUUUA